CCUCGCCGUGUGCAUUGAAGCCCUCUCCAUCCAUCAACAAAAGUCGUGCGUUCGCCGUCCCCGCCGUCGACAACCAGCUGACACAGCGCUCCCGUCGACCUUCUUCGCGUUUUCCCGCUCCUCGCUCGUCCCCGUCCCGCGAUACCCGCUCCGCGAUCCACCGCGGACUCCCUUCCCCCUUCCCUCGACUACCUCUUCCCACUCCGCGCACCAUAUACAGGCAAUGAAGGACCUCACCUCCGUUGAGACCCUGGUCAUCCCCACCGGCGUGAGCGUUGCCGUUAAGGCGCGCAAGAUCACCGUCGAGGGCCCUCGUGGCACCCUUGUCAAGAACGUUCGCCACGUUGCGAUGGACAUCCAGGUCAACUCCGGCAAGGUUGUCUUCACCAUCUUCCACGGUGGCCGCAAGCACGUUGCCUGCCUGCGCACCAUCAAGUCGCUGGUCGAGAACAUGAUCACCGGCGUCACCAAGGGCUUCCAGUACAAGAUGAAGCUCGUCUACGCCCAUUUCCCCAUCAACGCCAUCCCCGCUGGCGACGGCUCCUCCAUCCAGAUCCGUAACUUCCUUGGCGAGAAGUUCGUGCGCGAGUGCCCCAUGCUUGAGGGCACCACCGUCAAGCUCUCGGACGUCAAGGACGAGAUCAUCCUUGAGGGCAACGACAUCGAGAAGGUGUCCCAGUCCGCCGCUUCGAUCACCGACAAGUGCCGCGUGAAGAACAAGGAUAUCCGCAAGUUCCUUGACGGUAUCUACAUCUCGGAGCGCACCAACAUUGUUCAGGAGGAGUAGAGGGCCUGGGACAUGCUUGCCGGGAGUAGUGGC